AUGGCCACUACAAUCACCACAACAACAGCAGCAACACCAACAGUCCUCCUCGUGCCCGGCUACUGGGAAGGCCCGGCCGCAUUCCAGCCUUUAUCCGAUGCGCUCUCCCGGGUCGGCAUCCGCGUCUCCACGGCAUCACUGCGGAGCUCGGGACACGCCGACCCCCCGGCUCCUGGUGGCGCCACCGGCGCCGCCGGCACGGAGGUGGGACAAAGGCGCUGGACUCUGGCGGACGACACGGCCGGCGUGCGCGAGGCGAUCCAGCGCGCGGUGGACGAGGAUGCGGGGGAAGCAGGGGUCGUGCUGUUCCUGCAUUCCGUGGGCGGGGUGAUUGGGAGCAAUGCGAUGGAGGGGCUCGAUUUCGCGGCCUGGGCGGAAAAGAGCAAGAGCGGGAGCAGUGCUGGUGGUGGUGGUGUGAGGAAGAUCAUCUUCUGCGCGGCUGGGGUUGCCCCGGAAGGGUUCGAUCAGUUCGGCGGGCCGUUUGUGGUCGAGCAUGAUGACGAAAACGGCACGUACUGCACCUGCCGCGACGCAAAGGAGCUCUUGUUCCACGACCUGCCGCCCGACCAGGCAGACCGGUGGCACAAGGAGCUGCGGGUCCAGCCGACCGUCAGGCACUGGGCUUCCUCGGGGCCGGUGGCGCACUGUGGCUGGCGUAACGUGCCGAGCACGUAUAUCCUGUGCGAGCAGGACCGACUCAUCCCGACUGAGCUGCAGGAGGCCCUGGCGGAGAUGGCCGGCUGUGGCAAGGUGGUCAGGCUGCAGGCUGGGCAUUGUCCGUUUUUGAGUAUGACGGACGACGUCGCGAGGGUUAUUGCGGAGGAGGUCGAGGGACUUUGA